AUGAUGAACUCGUUAUUCUUAAUCUUCAUCAUAUUUUAUCACUUUGAUAAAUACCAAGUUUUAUUAGCAGAGAAUCAUCCGUAUCGACAUUAUUCAAGACAACAAAAUAAUGAUAAUAGUUAUGCUAAUGCAACAUUAAAUAAUCCUGAUGAUGAUAGUAACAUGUGCCAUUUAUCUGUACGAUGUCCAACUCUAUCGACAAUAUCUCCAUAUGAUCGAGACAAUCGUAAUCGUCGUUUUACCGUUGAUACUUUCUUAGCAAUGCAUGGUCCUCAAGGACCACCUGGCUUACCAGGUCCACCAGGUGGUCUUGGACCACGUGGUGCUGUUGGACCACAAGGAGUUGUUGGUCGAUCAAAAGAAACUGUUCCUGUGGUUGCUUUUGUGGCUUUUCUUCAAAAAAUGCUUUCAGUUGAAUUGAAUCGUUCCGAAACAAUUAUUUUUGAGAAUGCUGAUAUAAACGAAGGAAAUAAUUAUAAUCCUACAACAGGUAUAUUUACUGCUGUUCAUCGAGGUAUUUAUAAAUUUAGUAUGACAAUUAUGGCACAAAUGGAUUCAAUUGCUACUGUACGUAUCGUUCAUAAUCAAAGAAAUAUUCUCGGAAUGAUUCGAUGUGAUUGUCGACGUCGUUUUUCACAUGUCCGUGGUAAUGUUUAUGCUGAAUUAGAUGCAAAUGAUCAAGUUAUGGUCGAAGCACUUGGUGAUUCAAAUGAUUCUGGACAAUCAGCACCUCGUAAUAAUAUUUAUGGAUAUACGUAUACACAUUUUAGUGGUGCACUUUUAUUUUUAACAAAUAGUCGAGAUUAUAUUUAA